AUGGUGCUACAGGGUCGCGCAGGUCUAGUAGCCCUCCGACGAUACCGUGGCGGCACCAACUCCCUUGGGCGAGCAUUCUACAAGGGCGGCUUCGAAAAGCAGAUGAACAGACGGGAAGCGGCCUUGAUACUGGAGACACCUGAACGGGGCGUAACAAAGGAAAUACUACGGAAGAAGCACCGACAGAUGAUGCUUCUCAACCACCCGGAUCGAGGCGGCAGCCCUUACCUGGCGACGAAGAUCAAUGAAGCGAAAGAGUUUCUCGAAAAGGGGGCGCAAUAA